AUGAGUGACGAAAUCCCAGCGGAAAACGCUCCCGCGGGCCGCGUUCCCUUCAUAGAGUUUAUCAGCCCCGAGAUACGCGCGGAGGCGAACCGCUUGCUGCCGUCGCGCCAGCAGCGCAAGGAAAACUUGAAUAAUCUCGAAGUGCACUGCGAUGCGCAAUGCGGGAAGGCUCUGGCGCGUAGCGAGAUAAAGGUGUGUGGGAGGUGCAAACAGGCCAGAUACUGCUCACAAGCAUGCCAGAAGGCGCACUGGAAAGCAGGGCACAAAAUCGAGUGCGGCGAGGGCAGCGUCAACGACCUCGUCUUCAAGCUCGCCGAGCGCGCGCUUGCGGUGCCCAAGAUCGUCGAGCACUUCUGGAUGAUCUCCAUCGAGCUGCUCGAGCUCCUCGCGGACGCGUCUGCCGCAGGCCGCUUCGCCAUCAAGGUGCAGUGCAAGACGCAGCCCGCGGACAUGAUGGCCGCGCUGCGCCGCGCCAUGAACGGCGAGAAUGACGACGCGAACGCGCAGGUCGCGCUGCACUACGCCGGGUUCGCGAAGGUUCCCCUUGGGGACGCCCCCGUGCGCACGCGCAAGGCCGCGGAGGCGGCGCGGGAGAAGCUGCAGGCGGAGAGGAAGGACGCGGAGGGCGCGCCUGUGCGCGGCGACGCGCCCGUGGUGGCAUACUACUUUGUGAGCGAGCAGGACGACACGGGCAAGGACGGGCUGCUCUCGGCGGCGUGGGUGCUGCCCGACUGGACGCUCGCGUACAUGCGCUCGAACCCGAAGUCGCUCCUGCGCUCGGCGAUGUUCGGGGACAAGAAGGUGCCGGUGGACAUGGAAACCUUGACAGAGUAG